AUGGGUUCAAAGAUUAAAUGGGGCUUUAAAAGGGGGAACAGGGGGCGGGGUUUCUGGCGGGUUCCUAGAAAGAUUGUGAUCCGGGAACCACCUUUCAGAACCAAUCAGGAAUAUGUUUUCCAUUGUGGAAAGUGGCUGGACGAGGGCGAGGAUGAUGGGAAGAUUGUGCGAGAGUUACGUGUUCAGGAUGAAUACAUGGAUGAUAUACUAGAGAAACGAAAUUGGGAGUAUGAGAAAUGGAAAUAUCAGUCUGAUGUUCAAAUUAUUCUGUUCUCUGUAAUGACUGGGAAAGCUGUAAGAAUGAACCGUGACAUGUCUGUAGAUGGGGUUGGCGAGGAGAAGGAUAAAAAUGGUGUAUAUAAUGUGAUGAUCAAAAAGCAAAUGAAACCAAUGUUGGCCAGUGCUACAAAUCCAAACCAUUUUCUUGCUAUUGACAAUGGUAAAAUCACCGGUCAUGGUAAAGGUGGACCAUAUUGUGAGUUACGGGUACGAGUUCAACCAGAUCGCACAACACUGUUUGAAUCGGUGAAAAACGCACUACAGUUCUUAACGAUAGGUGCUGAUGGAUCUACAGCUGACCCGAGGGGUAUUCUUGAUAAGGAACCAUCAAGAAGGUUCUAUGUCUACGCAAAGGGAAUGUUUCGACACAAGGGUGUUAUCAUGUUUGGGACAUCGUUGUUUCAAGCUGUUAAUGUUGUAAAGGAGGACAACACGCUUACUGGACGCGGUAAACGAGGCGGACCUCAAUCCCAGUUCAGAGUUCACAAAGUCAGUGCAGGAGGUAUCCGAAUGUUUGAAAGUCUUGCAAAUCCUGGAAAAUAUGUGCGACUCAAGGAUGGAAAAAUAGAUUGCUUGGGUGACAGAGGUGAAGAAUCUCAUUUCCUGAUCUUGCGUCACAAAGACAAAGGUUAUGUCACGAUCCAGUCAGCUUCUCAGAGGGGUCUCUUUAUUGGCAUGACAACAGACGGACGUAUACACACAACAAUAGAUACAGGAGUUAGAAAUAUCUGGCUAUAUCCGGAGGUCGUUGAAUGGGGAAUACCUAAGAAGAAGAGCACAGAGAUUUAUGAAGAAGAAGGUAUGAUGCAGAGAACCCAGCGUGAGAUCACACCUGAACCUCUGGAGGAACAACAAAGAGAAACACCUAAACCAAUCAGCCAGUAUGCCGAAGAACAAUCAGAGGAAGAGGUUCCAGUUGAAGAUGGAGAUUGGAGUAUACAUGUAAGCUCAAUAAGAGAUCUGACAGACGGAGAUGUGGCAUUGGUUGCUUAUGGUGAGAAGGGAGGAGUUACUGAGAACAGUGGACCAAUCGUAUUAGGUGCUCCACCAGGACGUCCAAUCUUCCAGAGUGGUAAUGAGGAUGAAUUUAGGGAUGGGGACUUGUAUGGAAAGGCUAAUUUACUGAAAAUUGGCAAGAUGUUCAAGAUUAGGUUAGAACUUAUCCCAAAGAUUUCAACAAAAGACCCAAGUUGGCAGGUUAAAGAAGUUCGCAUGCAGGACCUCAACACAAAUGAGGUGCUGAAAUUUGACUUUAAUCGCUGGUUAAGUAGAGAAGAAGAUGAUGGUGAAAUUAUGAGAGAGCUUCCUGUGCAGCGACCCGGAGAAAAUGUCUUACCUGUUUGUCAGUACAUGGUGUCAGUGUACACUGGCAAUGAAAGUGGGGCAGAGACUGAGGCCUCAGUUUACAUCACUGCACAUGGACUGAAAGGUGACUGGGGAAAACGAUAUCUGCGGAACUUGAAAAGUGAAACCAAAUUUGGUCGUGGCCAGUGUGAUGUGUUCUACAUAGAGGCUGUGUCAUUAGGUGACCUUCAGAGAUGUGUCAUAGGUCACGAUGGCACGGCAGCAGGAGAAGGCUGGUACCUGGAACAAGUGGUGAUAAAGGAAGAUGAACAGGCAACAGAGGAAUAUGUGUUCCCUUGUAACAGGUGGCUGGACACUGGUUUAGAAGAUCGGAAGAUUGAGCGAGCCCUCAUGGUGAAGGACAAAACAGAGGAAAAGAAAGAAGAACCUGUUUCAGCAAAUAAAAAGUACGGCCUGGAGAUUGUGACUGGUCAGGAAUCAGAGACGUCUAAUGGUGGAAAAGUUCAUGUAACAUUGUACGGAGAAAAAGGAAAAUCUGAGCAGAUAACUCUGUAUGCAACAGAUCCCAACAACAAAACAUUUGAACCAGGAAAUAUUGACCAGUUCCAAUUGGAUAUAGCUGACAUAGGAGAAUUGUAUAAGAUACGAGUGGGGCGUGAAGACUCAGACAAAUGGAAUAGAUGGUUCCUGGAGGAGGUGAGACUAACAGAUGAACUUACUGGUGAGAAAAUGGUUCUCAGUUACAACAGAUGGCUAGCACGUGACAUGGAUGAUGGUGAUUUAUGUAGAGAAUUACCUGUCAUACGCACGGGAAAACCAAUACCCAUGUUACAGGUGUAUCAGGUGCAGGUACAUACAGGUGACCACUGGGGCGCGGCCACUGAUGCCAACAUGUUUAUUAACAUAUAUGGAACCAAAGGUGAUGGUGGGAAAAGACUACUUCACAAGUGUGUGAAUAACAGAGUUAAAUUUAGACGAGGCCAGUUUAAAGACUGGUUUGAUAAAAAGGUGGACACAUUUGAGUUUGAAAUAGUUGAUCUCAAUGAGUUGACGUCAGUUUUGCUGAGUCAUGAUGGACGUGGCCAUGGAGCAGGUGUAUUUGUUGACAAGGUUGUCGUGAAGGAGAAAGACACGGACAAGUCAAACUUGCAGUAUGUGUUCCCAUGCGGAAGGUGGUUAGAUACACAUGAAGAUGACUGUGUUACUGAGAGGACAUUGAGAAUGAUAGAUGUCAUUGAUAGCAAUCAGCCAGCCCCACAGAAGAAAUCCAACAAGUCUGCUGGUUCCUGGUCUGUGACAAUAAAGACCAGUGAUAUAGAAAGAGCAGCUACAUCAGCCCGGGUCUAUCUUACUGUGUAUGGAACCAGCGGUCACUCCCAGAAACUCAAGAUGACAUCACAAGAUGGGUCUGCAGAGUGUUUCACAAAAGGAACAGAGUCACAAUUUCAGGUUCAGACUGGUAAUGUUGGUCGGUUGACAAAGAUCCGGUUGGAACACGAUAACUCUGGUGCUCAUCCGGAUAUGAGAGUUGAUUAUGUAAAGAUGGAGGAUGCAGACACUGGUGAAGAGUUGAUAUUUUAUCUGGACCGAUGGCUAGCCUUAGAUCAGGAUGAUGGUAAUAUAUUACGAGAAAUGCCAGUUAUAAGGAAGGGUACACCAAGUUUACCAGUCCUAAGAUAUGUUGUUGCCAUAACAACAGGAAGUUAUAAGGAUGCUGGGACAGAUUCAGGGAAUAUAAGCAUUAAUCUGAUUGGUGUAGAUGGCGACACUGGCCUACGAGAGCUGAAUGGGGCAAUCUCUAAGAACAAGUUACCAUGGCAACCAGGGCAGACAGAUAUUUAUAUUGUUGAAGCAGCCUCAGUUGGCAGGGUGAAGAAAAUAGAAUUAAACUUGAACAGUGCAGGUCAAGAUAGAUGGUAUGUUCAGCAAGUUAGUAUAGCGGAGGGGACGAGGGCAGACUCACAGUUUGUUGUCUAUUGUCACCAGUGGAUACUGACAAGUGACUCUCAAGUCUCUGAGUUCCCGGUUGCAGAAAUCCAGCCAUCAACAAACCUAGUAGAGACAUUAGAAUCCAUACCAAAAGGAUUUGAGAAACCAGUCCGUAGUAAAGGAAAGUGGACAGUCUAUGUUCAGACUGGUACCCAGAAUGAUUCUGGUACCAAAGAAAAAGUGUGUCUGGUUCUCUGUGGAUUAAAGGAAGAGUCGGAAGCAGUCUGUGUCAAUUCAAAGGAAGACUUGAAUCCAGGAUCUCUAGUCAAGUUUGAGGCUAAAGUUGGAGACAUUGGUUUGUUAUUCAAAAUCAGAGUGUAUUUCCAAGACAAACAUCAGGGGUCAUCUUGGUUCUUAGCUAAGAUGAAAUUGAAAGACCAUGAGACAGGGGAGGAGUUUAUUUUGGAGCAUAAUGAUUGGAUAGAAUCAACCAAUGAAAACCCAGAAGGUGCUCUAGAACUACCUCUUUCACGCCCAGAUCUUCAGCCAUUAAAAGAACAAAUCUAUAUCAUAACUGUGAAGACUGGGUUUUUGCCUCGAGCUGAGACUGAGGCUAAUAUAUUCUGUAAUUUGAUUGGUCAGUGGGGAUGCUCAGGUCAAAGGUCACUGUCAGCGUCAAGUAACAAAGAGGCCUUCAGAGCUGGUCAGGAAGACACAUUUACACUGACCUGUAUUGAGCUUGGAAAUCUACAAAAGGUCAUCAUAGGUCAUGACUGUGUAGGGAGAGGUCAAGGUUGGUAUUGUGAGUAUGUCAAUGUCAAGGUCGCUGAAGAAAGUGAGACUGUGUUCCCAUGCAAUAGAUGGUUAGAUACUGGUUGUAAUGAUAGAAAGCUGACAGCAGAGUUACUGCCCCUGAGCAAGUUACCCCUCACUGCAACAGUGCCGACCAGAUAUACCCAAUCAGACGGUGAAUGGAAUAUUCAUGUAACAACUGCGGGUCUGGACCGUCUGCCGAUGCUGAAACCGGGUACACAGGCUGGUGAGGUUUCUAUCGUAGUGUAUGGGACCGAGUCAGUGAAAGGUCCUAUACAGCUUGUGCAUGAAGAUCCAGAUAGUCCCAUCACUCUGGUAGCACCAGGAAAAACACAACACUUUUAUGAUUACGAGUUCAAAGACCUUGGUGAAAUAGAGAAAAUUAGAGUGUCGUCUGGUUAUGAAGGUGAUACUGAGGCUAUCUGGACAAUAGAAAAGAUUGUCCUUGAAGAGCAUAGUUCACAUGAGUCGUUGACCUUUAAUUUUGGAGCAUGGGUCGGUGAAGUUGGAGGGGAUAUACGCAAAGAAAUGCCACUGGUGAAACCAGAUAAAUCUAAUCGGGAAAUCGUGAAGUAUUACAUUGAAGUCUAUACAAGCGAAGAAGAAAUGAAUGCAUCAACAAAUGCCAAUGUUUUCGUCACUUUGUAUGGAUAUAACUCCGAUUCAGGAAGACGGCAUCUCAUGCAUAGUAAAAAUACAGAUAAAAGAUUCCAGACCGGACAGACUCAGUUCUCAGAGGUUGACAAGUUUGAAGUAGAGGCUGUUGACCUUGGUGACCUUGAGAAAAUAGUGGUUGCUAAGGGACCAGGGAAGCCAUGGUUACUGGAGAAAAUAGUGGUGAAGAAAGGACAGUUUGCAUCAGAAGAACAUGUUUUCAUGUUUCAAGAUUGGAUAGGUGAUAAAUCCAGACAACAAGAGGAGAUAGAAGAAACACUGAAACCUACCGCGGUUAUACCCAGCCAGGUAGCAAUACCUCUCACUGAUGCACCAGACCUGGAACCAUCACAUGGUUCCUGGCUGAUAGAGAGUGUAACUGGUGGACGACGGGGACCAGACGGACCCCUGGAUCUAGUGGUUGUGUUCUGUGGACAGAAUGCUGAGAGUAAACCCCUACCUCUACAGUCGAAUAAAGAAAACCCGUUCCAGAUUGGACUGACUGAUAAUUUUAAGGUACAAUACACAGAGAAGAUCGGGGAGUUGAGAAAAGUGAGGCUAGGUUUCAUAGAUCAGUCCAUUGUUAAGGCAUGGUAUGUUAGAAAGAUGACAUUUGAAGACUCGGACACACAUGACAUGUUUUGGGUGGAGCUUAAUGACUGGGUGGCUAUAGACCAGAAACUGGAUGGUUGGAAAGAGUUCCCAGUUCCCUGGCCAGCAGUACAGUUAUCAACUGUUAUUGUGUACUUGAUAACAGUACAACUGAGUCAAGUGAACCCAGAUUCUGCUGGUAAUGAGGUAUAUAUAUACAUGUAUGGUGACCAAGGUGGUACAGGAAAGAGGUUACUCAAACAAUCUACAACAAACACAGAGAAGUUCAAACAAAGCCAGGCAGAUGUAUUUGAGGUGGAGGCAGUUCAUCUUGGAGAGCUGGUGAAGAUUGUAAUAGGGCAUAACAAUACAGAGAAAGGAGGAGGAUGGUGUUUAGAUAAAAUUGUUGUUCAGGAAUCAAAAGAUGGAAAUAGAAUUAUGUUUCCAUGCAAUAAAUGGUUUGAUACUGGGGAUGGUGAUAGGUUGAUAGAAAGAACUUUGUUGCCAGAUGCCACAGCUGAGAACACCAGCAACAAUGCUCUUACCCAGGAACAACUUCCUGACGUCCAAGUACCAUUAGUUUCUACAGCACGGGAACCAACUCCAGUUAGAGAACAAACUCCUGCUAGGGAACCAACCCCUGAAAGAGAACCAACUCCAGUUAGGGAACCAACUCCUGAAAGGGACCCAACCCCUGCUAGGGAACCAACUCCUGAAAGGGAACCAACCCCUGCUAGAGAACCAACACCUGACAGGGAACCAACCCCUGCUAGGGAACCAACACCAGAGAGAGAACCAACCCCUGCAAGGGAACCAACUCCAGUCAUGGAAGUAACCCAAGAUAGGGAACCAACUCCUGAAAGGGAAAAAACUCCUGAACGAGAGCCUACUCCAGUUAGGGAACCAACCCCAGCAAGGGAACCAUCUCCAGAUGUUAAGGUAGAGCAAGGUGAAGUCCAAAAAGAUCCAACUCCACCUCCACAAGGAGCGAAAUACAGUAUAACAACAAUAACUGGAGGUGAUGUUGGUGAAGGUACAAACAGUGCUAUUGUUGUUGUGAUGUAUGGGGAGAAAGGUCAUUCUAAUCCCUAUCUGAUAGGAGAGGAACCAGACUUCAGGUUUAACAUGGGAGAGACAAAUAAUUUUGAGAUAAUGGUGUCAGAAGAAAUUGGUGAGUUGUAUAAAGUGAGACUCGGAUUUGAUGAUGAAGGAAAUAAUCCAAGUUGGUAUACAUCUAUAGAUGAUUGUCCGUCAUGGUUCGUUGAAAAGCUCACCAUUAAGAAUGAGGUAGACAACAAAGUUUAUGAGUUUGAGGCUGGAGUCUGGGUGAAAGUUGAUGAGUACCAGGACUUCUGGAAGGAAUUGCCAGUCAAAAAGGAAGACCAGUUAGAAGUAUAUCAAUAUGAAGUGAGUGUGUUCACUGGGGACGAAUCAAAAUCGGGGACCGAUGCGAAUGUUUACCUUCAAAUCUUCGGAGAAUGUGGAGAUUCUGGGUAUCGUAGGCUGAUGGCCUCCAAAACUCAUUCUAACAAAUUUGAACAGGGAAAUAAAGAUAUAUUUACAAUCGGAGCUGUUGAUCUUGGUAAAUUAACCAAGAUUAAAAUAAAACAUGACGGUUCAGGUCCAGGUUCUGGCUGGCUGUUAGAUCGUGUUGUUAUCAAAGAGUCAGAGGAAACUACGAUACGAUACAUCUUCAGAUAUGAGAGAUGGUUAGAUGAAGGAGAUGGGGAGAAUGGUAUAGAACAGACACUAAUGUUGUCGGAGAUACUGGUCAGUGAUGAGGAGGAAGCUGACGAAGAUCUUCCAGGUUAUCCAUGGAGGAUUGAGACUAUAACUGGAGGGGACGCCCCGGCCGGUACCCAGUGUCCUGUAGAACUGGUGUUGUAUCAAGAGAAUGGUAAAAAUGACACAGUUAUCAUAGGAGAAAGACAGGGUUUCAAAUUCAAACCAGGUGCUUCAGAUAUAUUUAAUGCCCGAGUGAUGGAAGAAUUGAGUGAUUUAUAUAAAGUACGCAUAGGAUUUCAUGGUGCUGAUUCUGACAAAGACUGGUUAUAUGAUUAUACACAAAGUCCAUCAUGGCUUCUUGAUCAGUUAAGAUUGACAGAUGAAGCUAAGAAUAAGGUGUAUGAAGUACCAUCUUCAACAUGGUUAAAGAUGGAUGCAUACCAAGACUUCUGGCGUGAGCAGCCAAUUAAACAAGCAGACGGUCCUACUCCAGCAUUACACCAAUACCAUGUUAUGGUUUACACUGGUAGUCAGUCAAAAGCAGGAACUGAUGCAGAUGUUUAUCUCAGUAUCCAUGGCAACAAGGGUGACACUGGUCUUAGACGUCUUAUGGCAUCAAAAACAAACACCAACAAGUUUGAACAAGGACAGUGUGAUGUAUUUGAACUAAAUGCUGUUGACCUUGGAGACUUGACAAAGGUCAAGGUCAGUCACGAUGGCUCAGGAAUGGGGUCAGGUUGGUUCUUGGAGAAGGUUGUUGUCAAGACAGCAGAAGAUAGUCAGACCAGAUAUGUGUUCAAAUGUGAUGAUUGGUUGGAUGUAGCAGAAGGGGAGACGCAUGUAUCGCAGGAAUUUCCUCUAACUGAGGUACUAGAGGGUGAUGAUCAAACAGAUGAAACUAUAUCAGGGAGUCCGUGGACAAUAUGGACAGAAACUGGUGCUGAUGUUGGCGAGGGAACUGGUAACCCCAUAGAGCUAAUCCUUUACGGGGACAAAGGUCACAGUGAGCCAGUGGUUAUAGGGGGAGAAGAAGAAUUCAGAUUUAACAAGGGUCAAUCAGAUAUGUUUAAGGUUCAAGUGGUGGGUGAAAUUGGACAGUUGUAUAAAGUAAGGGUUGGUUUCCAUGGCAACAAGUAUGAUGUUCCCUGGUAUAGCAAUUACAAUAUGGCUCCAAGCUGGUUCCUGGAAAGUAUGAAGCUGAAAGAUGACACUGUAGGCAUGGAAUAUGAAAUGGAAGCCGGUGUCUCGGUACAAGUCGAGAAAUAUAUGGACUUCUGGAGAGAAAUUCCUGUGGCAAAAACUGAAAAUAAACUGAGUGUGAACAUGUACCAGAUGGAGAUUUAUACAGGAGACAAGUUUAAGGCUGGUACAGAUGCUAAUGUCAGUGUCCAGAUAUAUGGAGAGCGGGGUGAUACUGGUCUAAGGAGAUUAAUGCACUCUCGCACUAACUCGGAUAAAUUUGAAGGAGGGGAGAAAGAUGUAUUUGAUAUUCCUGCUGUUGACCUUGGACAACUGACCAAGGUGAAGGUCACUCAUGAUGGAUCAGGUUCAGGGUCAGGCUGGUUGCUAGAUAAGAUUGUUGUUAAGGAGAAAGAGGACUCUAGCUCACAGUAUGUGUUUGAAUGUGGCCGUUGGUUAGAUGAGGGUAGUGGGGAGAAUGAUGUAGAGGUCACGCUGCCAUUGACAGAUGUUAUUGAAACUGCCCCACAACAACAAGAAGUUGAUGAUAAAGAAUACAAAAAUGGUGACUGGAAAGCGUAUGUGACGACCAGUGAGGAGGCAGAUAGUGGUACAGACUCUAAUGUGACUCUCACUGUAUACGGAGAUGCUGAUAACUCAGGACCCAUAACUCUUGGUUCCUCAAGUGUUGGGUACUUCUAUUCUGGAAAAACAGACGAAUUUGAUUUAUUCCUGGACCCAGAAGUGAUUGGCAGAAUACGCAAGAUAAGACUUGAACAUGACAACUCUGGUAAACCAUGGCAGGUUGACAAGGUUGUGUUAAUGAAUAUGGUUGACAAGACGCAGAUUGAAUUUGCAAUAAACAAAUGGUUAACACUUGAGAAACCUGGGUUUGACAUAGCUGUAGAAGUUCCUACAGAAGGAAAAGAUUGGCCAGUACGUGAUUAUAUGGUACAGACAUUGACCGGUGACGGGUUCGGCUCUGGAACAGAUGCUAGAGUUUAUAUCAACCUUAUAGGCACUCUAGGUGACACAGGGAAAAGGUUUUUGGUUCAUAAUCUCGAAACUCCUCAGAACAAAUUUGAAUCGGGACAGACGGAUACAUUUAUAGUGCAAGCUGUAGAUCUAGGACGUCUGAUGCAAGUGCAGAUAGGUCAUGAUGGGCAGGGACCCGGCUCUGGCUGGUACCUGAAAACUGUUACUGUCAAGGAGUCAUUUGAUGCAGAUGAGAAAUAUGUCUUCUCCUGUGAAAAUUGGUUACAUAGCGACAAAGAUGAUGGUCUUACAGAGAGGUUAUUAGCCCUUGAUCAUGUAGACAAGGAGUCAGAUGGUCAAGGUGGUAAUGUUGAACCAAUGGAAGAAGGUGGUGCAAAAGACAAUGAUGAAACUCAGCAAAAAGAAGGUGAAGAAAGUGCUGAAAUCACAGCAAGAACUGAAGAGAAUGAUAAUGACAACAUAGAAGCUGAAAGUCCAAGAGUUUCUAGUAGAAACAAAGAAGCUGAUGAUGAUGAUGAACCAGAUGAUGGAAGGAAAAGGGACAGUUUGGAUGACGAGAAGAACAACGGUGAUGAUGGUGUUGCCAAAGGUGAGGACAACACUGAUAGUAAGACUGAUGAUAAGGCAGAUGACUUACCACCUAAAGAGCAAGAUAAAGCUACAAGUGAAGGAGAGAAUAAAUCACCAGUACCAGAUUCUGAUAAAUCUAAAGAAACAGAGAAACAAUCAGGAGAUGGAACUGGUAAGGAGGAUUCUGCUGGAAAACAGGAUGAAUAGUGGUGAAAAAUGUACAGUGUAAAAAUGCCAAAAUGAAUUUGUGCCAAAGAUUCAACCGUCCCUUGUCUAUGUGAAUAAGUAUUUCCUGGUAAUUUGUUGAUACUUUGGUAAAUUGAAAGGUGAAAAUGUUGACUUUUAGCAACAAGUAAAAGAGGAUUAACACAGUAAUUAAGUAAUACCAAAGUAAGAAAAUGUUUAUAAUUGUUCAUUUAAAAAUGUAGAACUUUAACCUUGCCACUGUGGAAAGAGCUUUUUUGGUUUAACUGUUUCUGUUAUUUUUAUAUAUUUUAUUUUUCAUUUCUUUUAGUUAGUUUUUUUUAAAAUGUUGAUGUAACUGUGAUAAUAUGUUUUAAGGACAUAAAAUAGAAAAAGGGAAGUAUUUUUUCAG